AACUACAAGUACUGACAUGUUCAAUAGUUCAAAAGGUUACUGCUUUUGUCAAACAACUUUUGACGUUGAUUUGACAACAUUUAAAUCCUUUCUAGCCAUGACCCUGCUUGGACCCUGCGAAACCGAGAUAACUGUUCAUGCGCAUUGCGCACCAACAACUAAUAGUAAGAGAACGUCAUAACACAGGCACACAAACUGUCUAAGAGUAUUGAAUAUAAUGUAGGCACUAGCGCAGGGGUGGGCAAACUUUUUGGCUCGAGCACCACAGCGGGAUUUUGAAAUUCAACGGAGGGCCGCAUUUUUGGGGGGACUAAUUGUUUGUUAAAAUCUAUUUGCGGGGCCUCCCGAGUGGCGCAGCGGUCUAGAGAGGGUGGUGUAGUGGGGGGGAGUGGUGUCUAUUUCACUCCUCUUACAGGACUAAUGUAAGAGGAGUGAAAUAGACAGGCCGUGACUGGCCCCACACUCCAGUACAGUAGGUGGCAAUGUAUGCACAUUAAAGUUGGAUGCGAUCCGCUUAACCAACCCCGACGAAGAAGAGGAGGAGGAAGAGCAAGAGCUCUGCUCGUGUUCUCUGCGCAGAAUCUAUGGUGAUUAAUCCAAAACAAGCGCGCGGAUAGAUGGAUGUCAACAUGAGGAGGAAGAGGUCUACCUUUGUUUUCAUUGCAGCCACUUCCUUCUAAAUCACGGUUUACUGAUUUUUGUUGUUGCGAUAACUGAAUUCUGUGAACUGAACGUUAGUAUUCUUACUUGCUGACAACAUGUAUGACAGCUAGCUAGCUGGUUUGUCAGACGCUAGCCAUCUAGUUGUAGCCGGAAUUUGAUUUGAUGAAAUGGUGCUACCAGAGAAAACAGAAUCAACAAACAGAAUAUAGACCUUAUACGACAGACAGUGCACCAGCUAGGGUGUUUUCUUCAAACAGUCGAGAUGACGGAUGCAAGCUCUGAACCAGCUGGAAUAAUCAAGGCCAUUGACAGGCACUCUGUGCAUCAGAUCUGCUCUGGACAAGUUGUGUUGACCCUGGCUACAGCUGUCAAGGAACUGGUUGAAAACAGUAUUGAUGCAGGGGCCACCAAUGUUGACAUUAAAUUGAAGGACAGCGGAACAGAGCUUGUGGAAGUGUCUGACAACGGCAAAGGAGUGGAAGAGGCUAAUUUUGAAGGACUAACCUUGAAGCACCACACAUCGAAGCUGAAGGAUUUCUCUGACCUUAUCCACGUGGAAACAUUUGGCUUCCGAGGGGAAGCCCUCAGCUCUCUUUGUGCCCUCAGUGACCUCAGUGUUGUGACCUGUCAUGAGGCUGCACAGGUGGGCACCAAGCUGGUGUUUGACCACAACGGUCACCUGACCCAACAGUUGCCCCACCCCAGGCAGCAGGGCACCACGGUCAGCCUGUCGCAGCUCUUCUACACCCUGCCUGUCCGACACAAGGAGUUCCAACGUAACAUUAAAAAGGAAUACACCAAGAUGAUUCACAUCCUCCAGUCCUACUGCAUCGUCUCAACAGGGGUUCGUAUCACCUGCACCAACCAGACGGGACAGGGCAAACGCACCCCGGUCCUCUGCACCAGCGGCAGGCAGAGCAUGAGAGACAACAUUGGAGCCAUAUUUGGCCCCAAACAGUUGCAGAGUCUGCUUCUAUUCCAGCAGCUCUCGCCAACAGACAACAUCAAGGAGGAUUAUGGACUGAGUAAUGCAGACCUACCCAAAGACCUCUUCGCAAUCUCCGGUUUUGUGUCGCGAGGGGAUCAUGGUGUCGGGAGAAGUGCCACAGACAGACAGUUCUUUUACAUCAACAACCGCCCGUGUGAUCCUUCUAAGGUCUCCAAGGUUGUGAAUGAAGUGUAUCACACCUUUAACAGACAUCAGUAUCCGUUUGUUGCAUUGAACAUCACUGUUGCCUCAGAGUGUGUGGAUGUGAACGUCACGCCAGACAAGCGUCAGAUCUUCCUCCAGGAGGAGAAACUCCUGCUAGCCAUCAUGAAGAGCUCUCUCAUCGCCAUGUACGAGACUGGGGUCAACAAGAUCAGCCUCAACCACAUGUCCUUCUCCACCACCAGUAAACACACUUUACAAGAUACCUACAGACCAGCAGAGCCUCCAUCGGAUAUGGAAGGAUGCCAGGUUCCAUCAUCUGAGACGGCUCCUGAAGCUGGAGAUGAUUCAGAAUCUGUUAUACCAAGCCCCCAGUCUUCUCUCAACUUGGCUGGAUUGAAGGCUGCUUUCUCCAUGCACAACAGCCCAGGCAGUGGGUCCAAGUCGAGCACUGCUAAAGCUGCUAACACUGGUCCAACCCAGAAGAAACUGCAGUCUUUCUUCGGAGGCUCUGACAAGAGUCAGAACACACACGGGCCAAGUUUACAAUCUCCUUUGAAAACCAGUCGAGGUGCAGUGAAAUGUUCCCCUGUGAGGAGGUCUGUGCUGGAGGGGUUCAGGUAUGGAAGGACGACGGAGAGCGACGUAGACUCUGGCAGAGAGAGCGUCCUGUCGGAGCACAGCUCCCCCACAGCCACCCCAGAGAGUCUCUAUGCUACUAUAGGGUCAGAGUUCAACUCACCAGACAUCACAGUAGAUGACGAACCCAUUAUAAAAAGCGAGGCACUCAAUGAACCUUUCAACGAGGAACGCACAGUUGCUAAGCACUUUGACCGGCCGAUUGAACCACUUUCAGAGAUGUCUGAGGAAAUGAGCUUCAGUCCCAACGCCAAGAAGGCCAAACUAGAGGAUGGUCAGUUCUCCUUAGAGUACAAGACCACACAUUCAGCCGGUUCUGAAGGAUCCUCUGGGUCUAAUGUGGACGCACCAGUCUGUGUACAGAAGAGGACAGUGCCACUGCAGUUCUCUGUACAGGAGCUGUUUGGGAGGGUGAGAAGGCUUCAGGAACAGCGUAGAGAGAAGGCUGAAGACAGGCUGCGCUACAGACGCUUCAGAGCCAAAAUCAGCCCUGGAGAGAAUCAGAGUGCUGAGGAUGAGCUGAAGAAAGAGAUAUGCAAAGACAGUUUUAAGGACAUGGAGAUAAUCGGGCAGUUUAACCUGGGCUUCAUCAUAACUAAGCUCAACUCUGACAUCUUCAUGAUAGACCAGCAUGCCACCGACGAGAAGUACAACUUUGAAAUGCUUCAACAACACACUGCACUGCAAGGACAGAGACUCAUUGUUCCACAGAAUCUCCACCUCACAGCAGUCAGCGAGAACGUUCUCGUGGAGAACCUUGAGAUCUUCAGAAAGAAUGGUUUUGAUUUUCUCAUAGAUGAGGAGGCCCAGGUGAUGGAGCGGGUGAAGCUGGUGUCCCUGCCAACCAGUAAGAACUGGACAUUUGGUCCGGGGGACAUCGAGGAGCUCAUCUUUAUGUUGAGUGACAGCCCAGGGGUCAUGUGUCGGCCGUCUCGUGUCAGGCAGAUGUUCGCCUCCAGGGCCUGCAGGAAGUCGGUGAUGAUCGGUACUGCUCUGAGCACCAGUGAGAUGAAGAAGCUUGUGGUUCAUAUGGGGGAGAUAGAGCAGCCUUGGAACUGUCCACAUGGCAGACCCACUAUGAGACACCUUGCAAACUUGAACAUCAUCUCAGAAGACUGAAGUUUACAUUGGUUUCUCAACUCAGCUGGACCAGCACAAACAGAUACACUGAAUACCUCUCUAAACAGUGUUGGCCUGCUCUUAUCUGAAUAGACACUAGGUUGCUUUUCACCCCCAAAACAUUGACUAACUCAUUAUGUAAAACCAAGCGCUGUUAGUUUUUUUUUUUUUUUCAAUCUUAACAUUUCAUCAAUUUGACACAGCAUGUUCAUGUUCAGCCUCCAUAUUUGUUUUAUAUUUCUACAAAUUUUAUUAUUUUAGUACGCAUUCAAUAAAAUAAUCCAAACACAAAUGCUCUGACAUAAUUUCAGUACAUAAACCCAACAUUUUGCAACAUUUCAGGCUUCAAAC